AUUGCGCUCUUGAACCAUGGAAAAAGUGAAUUUGAUGCAAAUUUGUGUGCUUUUCUGGGUUUUUGGGACACUUGUAAGUUGCGCAAAGCUUCCCAAUGUUGUCCUGAUUGUCACUGAUGAUCAGGAUGUGGUUCUCAAUGGCAUGAUGCCCAUGAAGAGCGUCCAGGAGUGCUUGGCUAAGGAAGGCGCUACUUUCAUCAAUGCUUUCACCUCCUCGCCAAUUUGCUGUCCAUCGAGGGCUUCGAUUUUGACCGGAAGGUAUGCUCACAAUCACGCCACGAUCAAUAACUCAAUGUCCGGAGGUUGUUAUGGGCGCUUCUGGAGGGACGUUAUGGAGAAAAACACGCUACCGAUGAAGCUUCAGGCCGGAGGAUAUGAAACUUUCUUCGCUGGAAAGUACUUGAACGACUACAAAACUACAGAAGUGCCUCUUGGCUGGAAUCACUGGCACGGACUUCACGGAAACUCUGUCUAUUACAACUACACUCUCACGGAGAACGGAAAGGCGGUUCGGUAUGAAGCCGAAUAUCUUACGGACAUCCUAGCGCAGAGAUCGGCUGAAUUUUUGCAGCAAUACGACCAGAGCAAGCCGUUCUUCCUCAUGGUCGCGCCACCAGCUCCUCACGCUCCUGCGACAGCUGCUCAACGGCAUGAGAAUCAAUUCCCUGAAAUACGCGCUAAGAGAACGCCCAACUUCAAUGAACCUUCGGGGAGUCUGGACAAGCAUUGGCUACUCACGAUGCAGCCUUCGCGGUUGCCCGAUGAAGUCCUUCCGGAGCUAGAUGAAAUCACGCGAAAGCGCUGGAAAUCGCUGUUGGCAGUUGACGAACUCGUGGAAAGGAUCUAUAAAAUCCUGAAGGAAGGCGAAUUACUAGAUCAGACCUUCAUUGUCUUCACGUCGGACAAUGGUUAUCACGUGGGACAAUUUGCUCAGGCAUAUGACAAGCGACAAGCUUACGAGACGGACAUUCGCGUGCCUUUGGUUGUCCGUGGACCAGGAAUUGCAGCAAAGACUGUCGUGCAGCAGCCAGUGCUACUCUUGGAUCUCAUGCCGACCAUGCUGGAGUGGGCUCAAAUUCCUCUGCCCGCCAAUCUCGAUGGCAGAUCUUUCCGGAGAGAUUUCAUGGCAAAUGAAGAACAGCAGAGCUUCAGCAGACAAUUCCUGGUUGAGUAUUGGGGAGAGGCAGAUGCCAAAUCUCACUCUCCGUCCUGCAAGAGACGCGACAGUGCUUUGCUUUACGGAUGCACAGAAGAUGCUGCUUGCCAUUGCCAAGACUCUAAGAACAACACUUAUGCCUGCGUGAGACGGCUGGACUCUGCAAAGGACUUUCUGUACUGUGAAUUCCGCGACUCACAGCACUUUGCUGAGGCCUAUGAUCUUUUAUCAGAUCCGUAUCAGAUGCACAAUCUGGCUUUUGAGAUGCUCCCAUCGGAACGUGCCAUCUAUUCUCUGGUGCUUAAGAACCUCACCACAUGCAUUGGUCCCACGUGUCGCGCUUAUCACAGCAGAUAAAGCCCAGAGAUUACCAAUAAACAAAUUCUCACUAUCA